AUGGAAGGGGAUGAAGGUGGUGUUUGGCUUGAUGUUAAAUAUGAAGGAGUCCCUUCUUAUUGCCUUUACUGUAAAAUGCAAGGACAUGUAGAAAGCAUAUGCUGGAGAAAAAUAAGGGAUGAUAGAAUCAAGAAAGAGAGGGAGGAAAGAAUCAAUAUUGACAAAAGAAAUCACCAACAAGAUAUUCCAUCAACCAGUGGAGUCGCUUAUAAUAAUGAGGAAUUUAAGACAAGAACCACCUAUGAUCCCACAGAAGGAAGCUAUACAAGAAGUACCAGGAAAGGAAUAGACACAGGGGAACCAAAAGCAGCUCAUACGGAUGCAGCGGGUCAACAGGGUGCUAACCAGGAUGAUAAAACUAAGAAAAAAAAGAAAAGAAAUAGAGCUAAAAAACAAGAACAUAUCAAAGAAAGGGAAGAAGCAAGAGCACAAAUCCAGCAUGGGAAACAACAAGAGGAAAGCAAAAUAAAGGAUAAUGCAAUGCAAAUGACAGAGAAUAACUCAAAAAGGAAAGAUGAUCAAUGUCAACACUUACAACACGAGGAAGGUCUACAGUCAAAUCCAGAGGUAACAAGAGAGGUAAAGGUACAGAAGAAGGAGAGCAGAAAAACAUCUUACCCUAUUGAGCCAGGAGAAAUACAAAAGAAAUUUGAGAAAUUGAUUUUUGGUACUAAUCUGGAAGGCAGAUCUAGUCAUGACAAUGAACCAGUGUCUAAUGAAAGCUCAAAUGAAAGCUCAGAAUCUUCUGAUGAAGAAAAUGAGAAUUCAGAAGAUAAUGACUAUGAAGAUGAGGAGGGCUCAGAUGAAAGUGAGGAAUAUGCAAGUGUGGAUAGUGAGGAGGAGGACGGUGAUGAUAAUGCAAAUAGACUGGUGGAAGUAUUUGUAGGGAAUGCAACAAUCUCACAUGCUGUGAAUAAUGUAAUCAACUCAGGUCAUUUAUCUCCUCGGGGCAGAUAUGGGCCAAGAGAAGGCAAGGGAGCAGCCAGAGGAAAGGAGGGCAGAUUCUCUUCUCAAAGGCCUACCAAGGCCUCAAAGAAUCAAAUUCUAUCUGACCCUUAA